AUGGAAAAUGUAAUUCUUUUUAUUCCAUUUAGUGCAUUGUUUCCUGUAUCAAACCGGCAAUUACUUUUUUGAUACUUUUUUCGUAAAAAAAAAAAACAUUUGAUCGAUUACGAUAGCGAUAGAUAUAUAGGAAAUACCGAUACGUUUAGUGUUAAUCGUUAUCGCUUGAAAAACUCGUCCGGUCUUUGUAGAAGUUGAAAAUUGAAUUGAGUCGUCUCGGUACAAUAAUUUACCAAGCAGCGAUCGCCUCGAGAGAAUAACGAUCCCCGUAAUCGUUUUUAUGUGCAAUACAAUGUUUUCUCACGAUUUUGCAGAGUCCAACACCGCCGCAGUACGUUUUCUGGUAUCACAAUAAUCGAAUGAUAAAUUACGAUACUACGCGAGGCAGCAGCGUAACCGUACAAACCGAUUCCAGUUCGACUCAAAGUCGGCUGACGAUUUACCAUGCGGUGGAAUCGGACACAGGCAAUUAUACGUGCAGCGCCUCGAAUACCAAGCCGGCAUCCAUCUAUGUCUUUGUCACAGAAGGUACACGACAAUUCAACAAUUUUCUCCCCGUCCCAAACAAUAAGACAAUUAAUCGUUUCUUUUCGUUGCGAAGCUUUUCUUUAUUUUUACGCCGGAGGACCUUUUCUCUAUCCAACAACGUGUUACUUCUGUCAUUUCGACUCACGUGUAUAAAUCUCUCUGAACAAAUUAAUUCAUAAACAUGUAUCAAAUCUUUUUGUGAAACAAAUUUCACUGAUUGUAAUUAAUUUGAACUGUGUUUCAGGUGACAAAAUGGCUGCCAUACAGCGCCGCAAGACGUCGGCCGCGGUGAAAAAUCUCUGUGAAUUGCUA